AUGAAGAUCCAAAAUCUCGAGUGGCUUGUAGCACUAUUAGGUAUAUCAAAAUUGGCAUGUGCUGAUAUUGUUUUUUACUGUGAUGGUGUUGCUAUAACAGAAGAUCACAUAAAGACAGCCUAUGGAAACUCUCAAUCAGCACCUAUAAGCGGAUAUCCUAUGGUUAUGGAAAUUCCAUACUAUGGUGAACCUUGCUUUUAUACUGCUUAUCCCAUUUUACUGAACGGCGAAACUAGCAUAACAAGUCCUCGUGGUCACUAUUUCUUAGUCUGGAAAAGUGCUGUUAAUUGGGAUGUAGUAUCAGUCAAAGCUUCAGGCACUCAACCCUGUCGGAUGGCUGCUUCUUUUCAUGGAAGGACUUUGGAUUCAAUAGUAACUAUGUGA